CGGCUGGAAGGCAGCGAGGUAGCGAGUAAACAGAGGGCGCCAGGCCCCGGGCUCGCCGAAACUCGCCCCGGCCGCUCUCCUGUCGGCAGCCUCGUCCAUUUUCGGCGGAGAUGAGCGGCUGGGCAGGGCUGGCCGGGCUCCUCCUGGCCGUGGCUGGAGCUCAGGGGCAGCUGCUGCAGCCGCCGAGGGCGUCGCGGAGUAGCCUUCGCCCUGGCGCCGCGGAACACGCCGCUCAGUUCGACCACGUCUUCAACGGGACGGUCAACCGAGGCACGGAGCGGCUGUACUCCUUCAACUACACCAGCCAGGCGGGCCAGGCAGAUGCCCUCCGUGUUACCGUGAAGAGCGACUCCAAAGAUGACCAGUACCCUGUCUUGUUUGUAGUUCGGCAGCAAAAGGGGGUGCUGUCCUGGCAGCUCCCUCUCAUUUUUCAUGGGCUUUACCAAAGAAAUUACAACUACACAGAAGUCAGUCGUACACUCUGCCCAUCUGAGUCUGUACCCAUGAAUGGAUCUUCCGAGCAAAUUGUAUUUAUAAAUGUAGCUUCCAUGGCUCCUUAUGAUGCCCACUAUCAGCUGCAAGUUACCAAGAUUAAGAACUUCCAACUUAGCAUGGACACUACUUUUACAUUCACUGCCAGCCCCUCUCAGCCACAGUACUUUUUGUACCAGUUCCCUCCUGAUGUGGAUUCUGUCAUCGUCAGAGUGAUUUCUAAGACAAUCUAUCCCUGCUCUGUGGUCUCCAUCCAAGAUAUUGUGUGUCCAGUUUAUGAUUUGGAUUAUAAUGUGGAAUUUAAUGGAGUUUACCAAUCAAUGACAAAGCAGGCAGUCCUCACUGUGCAGAAAAAGGACUUCCCAAGCAAACAGUUUUUUGUUGUAUUUGUCAUAAAGCCAGAGGACUAUACCUGUGGCAGUUCAAUACCACCCUCCAUUCAAGGAAAGACUAACUACACAUGGAACCUUCAACGAAUGAAGCAUCUUGAAAUGACAGUGUUACCUUCAGUUAAAGGCACUGUUUAUAUACAUGCCAUCCUUUUCAGUUUUCUGACCUUCUUCUCCUUCUAUCUGGGUGCGCUAGUGGUUGGAUUUGUGCAGUACAUCAGAUUUCAUAGGAAAACAUCAAUAGGAGGACUUAAUGGUGGUCCUGGGACUAUGACUUCUUCUCAUCCUAUCACUGCCAGCACCCCUGAAGGAAGCAGCUAUGGAGCUAUAGAUGAAUCAAACUCCAGUGGAGGUCAAGAAUUAUCAACUCUAGAUCGCCGGCCUCCUUGUGGCAGUGAUACAGAUAGCUCAGUUGAAGAGGAGAGUGAUUUUGACACUAUGCCUGAAAUUGAAAGCAACAAGAAUGUAAUCCGCACUAAGAUGUUCCUUUAUCUGUCAGACCUAUCCAGAAAGGAUCGGAGAAUUGUCAGCAAAAAGUAUAAAAUUUAUUUCUGGAACAUCAUCACAAUUGCUGUUUUCUAUGCUUUACCUGUGGUCCAGUUGGUGAUCACAUACCAAACGGUGGUGAAUAUAACUGGAAAUCAGGACAUCUGCUAUUAUAACUUCCUUUGUGCUCAUCCACUGGGAGUCCUGAGUGCUUUCAACAACAUCCUCAGUAACAUUGGCCACAUGCUGCUAGGUAUCCUUUUCCUGUUGAUUGUAUUAUAUAGAGACCUUCUUCAUCGUCGCUCCUUGGAAAUGAAAGAUAUCUGUGCAAUGGAAUAUGGGAUCCCUAAGCAUUUUGGCCUCUUCUAUGCCAUGGGUGUUGCUCUAAUGAUGGAAGGUGUCCUCAGUGCUUGCUACCACGUUUGUCCAAAUUACACUAAUUUCCAGUUUGACACCUCUUUCAUGUAUAUGAUUGCAGGAUUGUGUAUGCUAAAACUAUAUCAGACUCGCCAUCCUGACAUCAACGCCAGUGCUUACUCAGCCUAUGCAUCCUUUGCAGUCGUUAUUUGCCUUGCUGUACUUGGAGUGGUUUUUGGGAAAAAUGUGUGGUUUUGGGUCCUUUUCUCCAUCAUCCAUGUUGUGGCCUCUCUUGGUCUUAGCACCCAGAUUUACUACAUGGGUCGUUUUAAGAUAGACCUUGGGAUUUUUCGACGCAUAGCUAUAGUAUUGUACACCGAUUAUAUACAACAAUGCAGCCGACCCAUGUACAUGGACAGAAUGAUUUUGCUUGUUGUUGGGAACCUGGUUAAUUGGUCUUUCGCAAUUUUUGGACUAGUAUAUCGGCCAAGGGAUUUUGCUUCUUACAUGCUGGGCAUUUUUAUCUGCAAUCUUUUGUUAUAUCUUGCCUUUUAUGUCAUCAUGAAGCUACGCAGUUCAGAGAAGUUAUUGCCUUUCCCUCUCUUUUGUAUUGUGGCCACAGCUUUAGUUUGGGCUGCAGCUCUUUAUUUCUUUUUCCAGAACCCCAGUAGCUGGGAGGAAACUCCAGCACAGUCUCGUGAAAAAAACCGACCAUGUAUCCUUCUGGGAUUCUUUGAUGACCAUGAUAUCUGGCACUUCCUCUCAGCUGCUGCCUUGUUCUUUUCAUUCUUGGUGAGAUUUUUCUUAAUAACAAAAUAAUGUUCU